GGUGUGAAGUAGAUAGGUACAGGAACUCAAGGGAUUCCAACGGGAAGUGAAGAAUCGCAUGGUACGGCCCUGGCGUGUAAGGAGGGCGAUUGCGAUGGUGGGGAUGAAGCGAAUAGGCCUACCACGAAUGUUUUUCGCUAUUGUUCGGUGAUGUCGCGUAAAACAAUUUUUUAAGUGAAUCUCGGCAUACGGGUGAAAAUUUCAAUGAUAAUGUUCUUCGUGUCGAUCGGGAUGGAGUACCCACUGCGCGAGAAACACAGAUUGCGGUAAUACCGGGUAGAAAUCUCCAAAUAAACCCUCCGAAACCCUUUGUCAUGGACAUGCAGGCCUCCAAUGUAUAUACAUCCAUCCCUGGGAUGCCGGAGCUGGGGAUGGUAUGGAUGAGUGACAUGAUGAUGCAUGGGGAGCCAACACACGAGUUAAUGCUCGACCCGCGCCAACCAGAAAGCCCUUUUUUCUCUCAUGGAUCUCAUUCUUUCGACGAUCUGCGUAAUCAUCACAUGGGCCCGCCUACUAUGGUGCGAUAUUUGGCACCACAGUUUACUGCUGAAUGCUCAGAACCUGACGAAGCGAUGGAGGCUGUAGAUACUCAAGAAAUACAGCAUGAAUAUGACCCACAAACUGGGCCAGAGAUGAGCGAGUACAUGACUAUAGAGGAUUACAUGGCUGAUGGAGACCGUGAACAGGUGGUCACAAAUGCAGCUACGCAGACCCAAGACAAUCGAAACCGCAAAAUAAAACCUAUAAAACAUCCGGGCUUGGUCCUGAAGACUCCAAUUGCUUAUCAGCCACAUACAGAUUUAAACUUUAUACCUAUCCGUAAGGAUGGCAUUGCUGUGUGUGAAAAAUGUGGUGCAAUUGGUGUGAAACACGCGUUCUACACCAAGGAGCGUCGGUUUUGCAGUAGAGCAUGCGCCCGAUCUUCAGAGCACACUGCCCCUACAGCCGAUUCUACUUACAGUCCGUCACAUCCACAGCAACGCACUUCAAGUAAUCCUGCGUCACCAGAGGAUGUAAAAUCCAUUCCUAACGAGACGAUUCCUGAUGAAGAUGACAAGGAAUCAAGUGACUACUCCAAAACUGAGCUGGAAAAAGACAAAGUAGUCGCAGAACCUGCAAUGCCAGAAGAUCUUCCAGUGAGAAGAAAACGCACGGCUGAAAUGGCAGGUUCUUAUGAUUGGACCCAACAACUCACUGAGCCUGGAUUUUGCGCUGCACCAGUUUCGUGUUUCAAGCAUGCGCCAAUAUCCGAAAUAUGGGAUAAUAUAACAGUUGGAAUGAAAGUAGAAGUUGAAAACACGGACUGCGACGAGGUUUGCGAAGCAUUUCCAGAUUCCUUCUGGGUCGCAACUGUGCUUCGUAUCUCUGGAUACAGAGCACUGCUAAGGUACGAGGGGUUUGGUCACAACGCCGACAAAGACUUCUGGGUUUCGCUGUGCUCAAACGAUAUCCACCCUGUGGGCUGGUGUGCGACGAUCGGAAAGCCCCUAAUACCACCAAACACAAUAGCAAACAAGUACAAAGAUUGGAAGGAUUUUCUAAUGAGGCGACUGACUGGCGCUAGAACACUGCCAACAAACUUUUACAACAAGGUUAACGAUAGUAUGAAAUCUCGAUUCCGAUGUGGACUUCAUUUAGAAGUAGUGGACAAGAAUAGAAUUUCACAAGUGAAAGUUGCAACAGUGCAAAAAAUUAUUGGAAAACGUUUACACGUCAGAUACUACGACUCUUCUCCGGAAGAUAACGGAUUUUGGUGCCACGAAGAUUCACCUUUGAUUCAUCCUGUUGGAUGGGCAAGAAAAGUAGGACAAACUCUGGAUGCAUAUUCGGACUAUUUGGAGCGUGUUUCGCUAGAUCAAUUGUGCAAAGAUGAUGCAACGGACAGUUAUUUUUUGGCACAAAAGAAUCAUCAUUCACACCAAGGCUACACGUUUCGCGAAGGGAUGAAAAUCGAGGCUAUCGAUCCUCUCAACCUUUCUGCUAUCUGUGCAGCUACCGUGAUGCAAGUAUUAAAGGAAGAUUACAUCAUGAUUAGAAUUGAUAGUUACGACGAAGACGCCAGCGGCGCGGAUUGGUUCUGUUAUCACUCGUGUUCACCUUGUAUUUUCCCAAUUGGUUUUUGCGCACAACACGGAUUACCGCUAACACCUCCGAAAGGCUACGAUCCAACUUCGUUCACCUGGGAUGCAUACCUGGCUGAAACCAAUAAUAUCCCUGCACCUGUUCAACUUUUCAAUAGGGAAAUUCCACAGCAUGGAUUCAUUGAAGGAAUGCGACUAGAAGCUGCUGAUUUAAUGGAUCCUCGAUUGGUGUGCGUAGCUACAAUCACUAGGGUAAUUGGCAGGCUAUUAAGGGUACACUUUGAUGGAUGGGAGGAUGAAUAUGAUCAAUGGCUAGAUUGUCAUAGUCCAGACAUUUACCCUGUCGGGUGGUGUGACCUCGUGGACCAUAAGCUAGAAGGGCCCCGUUUGCUUGGCAAAAACACUAGUCCUACUGUAAAAUCACCAAGAGGCCUUAAACGUAAAAGUAAACGAAAACCGAAGAAGGGGGGUAAGGUGGCAUGUGCCAAAAGUAUUUUACUCCGGCAAAGUAGUAGAAUGGAAACUCGUGAUCGUGAGAGGGAACCGCAACCAGCACAAGGUACUAAAAUUGAGAGAGAACGAGAAUUAGAGAGUUUGCCGGAAGAGGGAGGCAGAGAGCCAGAAACAGCUCAGGAACCGGCCGGACCUGACCAAACAUUGCCAAGUCCUACUACUGGCCAAGGACAUGCUGAAAGCGAAACACGCAGCGAAGUCCAAAAUUUGAUCCCACCCAAGGGGAGAAUUGCUACAUCUUAUAUUAACGUAACUUCAGCCAACAAUAAAUUUAUUCCACGGCUAGCGGAUGGCCUGCAAAAGAAUUCGGAUUUAGGUGAUUUGGUGCCUGCUGAAUGGAAUGUCUUCGACGUCGCGCAGUUCCUUCGUGUCAACGAUUGUGCCACUUAUUGUGACAAUUUUAGUAAGCGUAAAAUAGAUGGAAAGGCGUUGCUCACCUUGACUAAAGAUCAAAUUAUAGAUCUAACUGGUUUUAAAGUUGGGCCUUCUCUGAAGAUAUUUGAUCUUAUUCAACAAUUGAAAAUCAAAGUGAAUCCAGCUCAGGAACGGUUGAAACUAGGACUGAAAAAAUUAUUAUAACAAAGCUAGGUUAAUAGCUCAUCUUCAAUAAGUUUAUUAGUUUAGGAUAAACAUGGAUUUACAAAGUAGGCAUCUGAGAAAAAAGUUUGUUCCUUGCACAAGUAAACCGAUAUGAUUUGCAAAUUUACGGUGAUAAUGAUUUUUCAUACACACGGAAAUCUUAAUUUAGCAGUGAAACAUGUUAAUUUGUUUGUGGUUCUCAGUAUGAAUUCAUGCAAACACAAGCGCUGCAUCCAUUAUGGAAGAUUGUUAUCAAUGAUUGGAUAAAAUUCUUGACUGUAAUUAACCGGCUUUUGCUAUAAUGUAAUUGAAGUUCUGUAUCUGCUAGCACUUUCCGAAUUCCCGCACGUGCUUUCAUCAUACUUACAAUUAGUGCUCAAUUCUAUGGCAAAGUAUACACGCUGAGAAAUGAUAAAUGGACAUGUUGAAUCAUAACAGUACAGAAAUCAUUACGAAAUAUUUAAA